AUGGGGAUCCCCAACUGCAUGUCAGGAUGGUUAUUCUAUUCCUGUGGGCAGUUCUCUGUUAUGACAGUGGGAGCUGCCAUCCACAGGCGGUGGGGUUGUUGCAGCCUUGCAGCACUCGUCCUCAUAGCUGGUCUGAAUUACUGGCGUGACCCAACAUUUGGCAUGCGACGGUAUUUGGAUAUGGCAGCUGUUGCCGCAACUGUCAUAUACCACAUGUGCGUCGCUUUGGGUGUAACUGGUGGUGGUCUCAAUGCCCACUGGGCAUCAUUGCUGAGCUCUCCUCUUCGACCAUUAAUGGGAAAGGGGCCGCUUGUCCCUGGCCCUGGUCCUGCAGGCUAUUCGCUGUUGACCUUCUUGUUCGUGGCGAUGUACAUGCGGGCCCGCCAUCAUGCUGCCCGCAAGGAGUACAACAUCAGCACUCCGUGGCACCUGGGUGUGCAUCUGCUUGGCAAUCUUGGCAAUGUGUUCCUCUACCCCGGCCUGCGGUCGCAGUGA